UGUGAGCUGCGACGGUGAGCUCACUAGACGGAGAUGAUGAGUGGCGGCGACGGCGAGAGACGAAGGAAGGUGAAGAAGAAAACCUCUGUGAAUUCGAAUGGCGGAGCUACUAUCCACAAACAAUUCAAUUCCACAUUCAAAGAUGAAGAAGUUCUUCACCAAAUUAAAAUCGUGCUACUGUCCACACCCAACUACUAAUAAGAAGAAGCUAUCGAAGUGUCCACCGUCCAGUGGCCGCAUCACAAAGGAUCGUCGUGACAGCAGCGUCGACCACAACGAGGUUAUUGUUACCAAACCACAAAAGAAACUCAAUGUGGUCUUACCCUCCGACGAUUACAAGAACAACAGGGAGUGGUGGAAGUCAAUGCCGAUCGCGGCUUUGGGGUUCGCUUUUUCCAUGUCUUGAGCUCCAGAUUCGUAUAAUGUUUAAGUGUUGUGAUGUGUUCGAAUCUGUGUCAAUAACUGAUAGUUAAAUUUUUAUGCUA